GCGUUCGAAGCGCCCAAUGUAGAAGAUCUCAUAGAGGCGGAGUACAGGCCCAAGUCCUUUCUACGGCGUCGCGCGCCGGAUGAGAUCGAGACGGCCCUGACGCAACUGGACCAAGGGGCCUUGAACAUGGUGAAGCAAAGUUUUAAGAACAACCUGGACCUGGCAGACUUUGCCAAGGCCAUCGUCAGCACAGGCACUUACGAUGCAGACCGAAUCUUGGCCUUUGUCAGCGGAGUGGUCGACCUCUAUUUGGAGGUAUUUCGCUCCCAAGCGGAUUCAGACGAAAAGGCGGUGAAGUGGGCGCAGUUGAUGAAUCACUUCAUCGAAUCACCGGAGAUCGUGAUGUUCGAAGGCAGUGAGGUGGCUUCAGCCAUCGUGGGGCCCAAGAGCGCAUCGUCCACCAACAUGGCCCAGGUGAGACGCAGCAACCUGGUGGACUGCGCCAAGCACAUGGGCGCGACGAUCCGCAAGAUCAGCUGGAUGCCUUCCCUGGAGAUGCUGACUACGGUGGAAGGAACGGAGUCGGUGUAUUUCUGGUCGCCCAGUAUGGCCUGGGAAACGGCGCGCGUGGUGACUCCUCAGCUGCCUCCAGACUACUUUGAUGAGGGAAAGCCCUUAUGGACCGUGCAUGCUGUUGCUUGGGACGAAUCACAGGAUUUGGUGGCCCUUCUCAGCAAUCGCUUCCUGGUCUUCUGGCGCCUUCGAAACCGCGAGAAGGUCCCAGGUCCCCACUUUCAUGGUGUGGCGGUGCCAUCUGUGUCUUCUCUAGGGGCAGUUCCAGCAGAAGAAGGAGUUCCGCUUCCAUGCCACGCGGCAAGAGGAAACCAACUGGUUUCUGCACCUGCCGCGAGGGGAAGCCGGGCACCUUUCCGUGGAAGGAUUCAGAUUGGACUUACGAUUUGGACCGGUCGACAUGAGAAGGGUAUUCUGAAUGAAGCAUCUCCUUCCGGUUUACAGGAAGCCAAUGAAGAGGAAGUGGUGCGGAGCAAAGACAAGAAGGACGCACCGGAGAUCUUGCUGGGAGAAAAGGCGAAGGCCGAGUCAUCGAUCCAGGGGAGGUGGACAAAAGGUGAGAAUGCGGUAAAUUGCCGCCCAGAAUUCCGUGGCAGUGAUGAAGGCGUCCAAUGGACCCUGAGGCGCCUGGCGGCCGAAGCUGCGCAACAGCUGGACAUUUGGUGGAAUGCCUCGAUGAAAGUCUGGGUUUCAGCCGACUACGAGGGAAGGUUGUACUUGUGGGAUCUGCGAGAACAUACCAUUGAGAGCACCAUCUACCCCAUGAAGGUGACUUCGUUCUUGGAGCUCAGCUCCUUCAAAUUCACCACUUGCUCCCUAGAUCGUAGCGCCCGGUGGCUGCUGGACUUGAUGCUAUACUUUCACAAGGAUGGUGACACAGGGCUGGGAGAUGCAGACGUGUUGCGAGAAGCGUGUCUUCGUGUGGUCCAUCGACUCGACGGCUUACCGUGGGGCUUGGGAGACUCAGUGGUGAUGGAAAGUGACCAGGGCGAAUUCAGAGCUAGGGUUCGAGCCAAGUUGUCUGCACACCAGGCGAACCUGGCCCAGGUCUCCACCGGGCAACGGGUCUUUGUGACGUUGGAUGAGGUAAUCAUGACAGCGGAUUGGCAGAGCACUGAUUGGUCCUCGGGGAAGGCCUGCAUCUUCAUCCUGUGGGACGGUGCCACACUGCAAGCACUGCAGACGAACUGCUCCACCUUGGCACCCAAGCAUGUGGUGGUCCUGCCAUCGUCGGCAAGCUCAGUUUUGGGAUUGCUCGGGCGAAUCAUCCUGGCAAGUCGCAGAUUGAAUUUCUUCGUCCAUGGUCCCAGAGAUGGCGAGUUGGGCGCCGCAGGUCCUGGUGUCGUGGACGGCAACGAGCAGGGCUCCAUUGCGCUGGGCGCCGCGCCGAGCAAAGAGCAGUUGGCCCUGGCGAAACGUCGCGAGGAAGGCGCUUCUCUGAAAGAUCGGGCGGCUCCGCGAUGGUGUGGUUUAGCACCCUCCAGAGGCGAACCCUGGGAGUGCAACCCGGUGUAA